AUGUCAACUAAUAGAAGAAAUGGAAAUAAAACUACACCUUAUCUUAGUAGUAUUAUUCUUAACACAGUACCAACACAAAUUCGUUCAAUUUGUUUUAUUGAUAACCAACUGUUUAUUGGAGGAGAAGAUGGAACAAUAUAUAAAGCAGAAUAUAUUGAAAAUAAAUAUAUGAUAAUGAAAGGUGUUAGAGUUUCUAAACAACCUAUUACUUGUAUUCAAGCAUUUCCAAGGAAUGGAUUAUUAUUAUUUGUAACAACACUAAGAAUUGGAGCAUUAACAACAACAUUAGAAAAAUUAAAAGUAAGUGGGAUGGAUAUUAUUGGAAGUGAUUGUGCAGUUAUUUUAAAAGAUAAAAGUGUAAUUAAGAGUAGAGUUGAUAAAUUUGGAAUAUAUUCAACACAAAGGACAUUAACAUUUAUUGAAUAUUCAAUAGAAAAUGGCUUUGAAAGAAAAAUGAAUGGAAUUGUUUUUGAUAUGGUUCCUCAAACAAUUGAAUGGGUUGGUGAUAGAUUGUAUUAUAUUCAAGGAGAUCUUAUAAAGUUUGUAAGACUAUCUGAUAGAAAAGUUGGUGUAUUAAGAGUAAGAAGAGGAGAAGGUAAAAUGAGACCAUUUGUUCGUGCUGUUGGAGAAUAUGUAUUAAUUGGAAAUGCAGAAUCAUUACAAAUUAUAGAAAAGAAAGGAACACCUGUUGAAAAAGUAAAAGAAGUAUUUCCAACUAUGUUAAGUUCAUUAUUUAAUAUUGUUGUUAUAUUUCCAUUUGUAUUAUGUUUCUAUCCUGAUUGUAUUAGAAUUUACAAUUUCUUUACGGGACAAUUAGAUGAUACUAUUCGUAUUAAAAGUAGUAUUGUUAAUCAAAAUGAAAGAGAUGUUGUUGUUUGUUUAAAACAAACAAAUGGACCAAUUCAAUUAUUAAAAGCAAUAGACUUAAUUCAAUUUAUUAAUGAAUAUAUUAAAGUAGAACAAUAUAAUGUUAUUAGUCAAUUAUUAGAUAGUUAUACUAAUGAAAUGCAAGCAGCAUUACCAGUAUUAAGUGAUGAAGAUUUAUUAUUAGUAAGAGUUGUUUAUGGGGGAGUAUUACUUGAAAAUUAUAGAUAUAAUGAAGCAUUUGAACAAUUUAUAAAAUGUUCAAUCAUUAAAACUGAGUCAAAAGUAAGUUGGGAUGUGAGAACAGUAAUUGCUAUAUUUGAUAACUUAAUAGAACCAAAUGACAAAUUUAAGCAAUACUCUCCUGUAGAUUGGAAAUUAAUAGAAAAUAAGAUAGAAGAGUCUAAAAGAAUUAAAGAACGUAAAUUAGUUUAUAGUCAAUUAAGUGAAUUUCUUCAAAGAGUUCAGAAGAUUACAAAAUAUGAUAAAGAAUUAGAAACUCAAAGAAUUAAAGCAAUGAUUGUUGCUGAAAGAAAUGAUGUUGUUGAAGAAAUAGAAAGGGAUGAAAGAAGAGGAUGGUUUAUUGAUGUAGACAAUGUUCUUAAAUUUGUAAAAAAUGGAAAUGACAUAAGAGUUCUUUCAAAAUUAAAUGUAAUGAAAAAGGAUUAUAUUUCUGCACUUAGAAUAUGGAAUAAAUUAGCAAUGGGAAAUGACCAACGAGUAUUUGACUAUGGAAUUGAAGAUGUAUUAAAUAUUAUUCAAUUAUUAGACUGUAGUAAUAGAGUUGAAUUAAGAUUAUUAAAAAUUGUAUUAAAUUGGUUAAUUCCUGAAGUGUUUAAUGAAUGUCUUUACUUUAAAGGGGAAUUUCCAAGUAUUCUUUUAGAAAGAUGUAAGUCAUUUGAAGAACGAUUAAUUAAAGAACAAUUUACUCAAAUCUUUUUAAAAAAAUUAAAUGAAAGAAAUCAUCAAGAAUUACUUGAUUAUAUUAAUUUAUUACAUGCAAAAUUAUAUAUUAUUAAAACAGGUUUAUCUAAUAAAUUUAUUGGGGAAUGUAAAGAAUGUAUUUCUAUUUUUAUUAAUGGCUCAAUAGAAGUAAUUAAUAAUUCAAAUUAUCGAAAAGAGUUUCAAGAUGAAAUGAGUCAAACUCUUCAACUUCUUCUUCAAAAUUCAAAAGCAGUUGAAAUGAAAACAAUCAUUAACUCUCUUCAAAAAUAUCAUAUGCAGAAAGAAUUAAUAGUUGUUUAUGAAAGAAUGAAUCAAGUUGCUGAUUUAAUUGAUGAAUUGAUGAAAAUGGGAGGUAUUUCAACAGUAUUACAUUAUUGUCAAAAACAUCCAAUACAUUCAAAAGUUUUAUUUGAUUAUUCCAUUUCAAAAAAUUUAGAAGUAUUACCAGUUGUAAUAGAAACAUUAAUUGAACAUUUAGAUAUCAAUCAUGUAUUAGAACAAUGUAUCGAAUAUAAAAUAGAUAAACAAAUUUAUCUUCCUUUUAUUUUAAAACGUAUUAGAGAAUUGGCAAAUACUUACCUCGCUCUUCAAUUUCAAUACUCAACGAUUGUGGCAGAUAGUAUAAAAGAGCCAACUAGGUAUAUUAUGAUUAAUCAACGUUCUGUUUGUUAUUUAUGUAAUGAACAUAUAUUUAAUGAUUUUGUUCUAUAUCAAAACCAUACGUUUUGUUCUAAAUGUUAUUCAAAAAUGAAAAUUCCUCAAAAAUUUAUAUUUUAA